AUGCCUCCUAAAGCCCCCUCAAAUCUGCGGCCAGUGCGAAACCCCGGUGUCUCUGCUGUUAGGCCACCACCACCACCACCCAAGCCAGCGCCCCGUCCAGUGAAUCCGGCGGAUAUCCGGAAGACCAAGGAGUAUAAAGUUGCAGCGCGGCGAUGGUUAUCCACGAUCGUGGCAUUGCCGAUUGUGAUGUACACUUCUUGGAUUCUCUAUGAACGUGUUUAUGGGGAUAAGAGCCCGAAGAGGUUGUUACCACAGCAGCCGCCAAAGGACUCGGCUCCGUCUGCUUCUUCCUCGUCUCCUUCUUCAUAG